AUGGUCGCUCUUGCCACGAUGAACAGGACUCUCGGCACCGCCGCACCGAGCGCAGGUGGCAGCCUCAAACGCAAACAACCCGACAACUCGUCCGACGCCGAGAACACUACGCCGAGCCAACUCAAACGCCGUCGAGUCACAUUCGACCCCGAAGUCGACGUACGGAUUCUAAGUGAGCAUCACGAGAAGAGUCUGGAGCUAGUGGGGGAGGAGGUACGGCGGGCGAUAGAGAAGCAUGCAACAGGCGAGAAGGCGGCUUACGACGGGCUCAAAGCCCUCUUCAAGGAAGCACCAACAUCUACAAGCGCACCGUUAUCACGACUUUUGCAAAAAUACGUCAUCGCACUCACCGAACACACGCCAAAACUGGACGGCAACUGCAAGGGUCUAGUACACGCUGUCAUCGAUUGCAGUUGGAUAGCGCGCAAUGACGACUUUCUGCGCUCCUACAGAAUCUUCCUGCGCAGGCUGCUCUCAGUGCAGUCCAGCUACAUGUCCACUGUGCUGCAGAUGCUUGUCGACAUGUUCCUGAACACGCCGUCUGUCAACGCUAGGCAGCAGGACGAUCCGCCCAUCCAACGAGUACGCCUACAAGCACGCAUACACGAGACUCUCAUGGGCAUAUUACGCUACAGUCCGAUGGCGAGUUCCUUUCUCGCACCCGUCAUCUCCAGCACCUUCCCUUUCUCCAACGACAGCGCGAAGACCCACGUUGAGUACAUCCGAAACAUAUUCAGAGUUACAGAGUACGCCCCAGAGAUCAAGGGCGAGAUCCUGGCACUCGUAACAGACAAGCUGUGCAAGAUCGAUGCGCAGAUGCAGGUGGACAUGGACGACAUUGACGACGACUUGGAGGAGCGACUGGUAGGCGAGGCCAUCAACGAAGAGGAAGAUGAUGACAACGUGAGCGACGACGGCUCUGUAUCAAGCGAGGAGAGUCUAGAUCCGGAAGAACAACGGCUCAAGGACAUCAAAGAUAUGAUGCUCAAGCUCGAUACAGUCAUGGACGUACAGUUUUCCUAUUACGACUCAAUCUUCGAACGGAGAGAUCUUCAAGAGAUGGACCGCACAUACCAGACUCUUAUCGCCCAAUUCCAGUCCAUCAUCAUCCCGACCUACCGCUCACGGCAUACUCAGUUCGUGCUUUUCCAUUUCAGCCAGAUGUCAACGGAUUUCAUGGUGCGGUUCGUAGAUACCUGCUCGCAACUAGCUGUCGAUCAAAAUCGACCUCCACUAAUACGAGCAUCCGCAUGUGCUUAUCUUGCCUCCUACAUUGCGCGUGGCGCUCACGUACCCGGCUUCGUGGUCCGCGACGUCUUUGACACACUGUGUUCGCAACUUGAGCGCUUGCGUGUAUUGCACGAGCCUAAGUGCAUUGGCCCAGACCUACGCCGAUACGGCACAUACUACGCUAUCGCACAGGCAUUACUAUACGCCUUCUGCUUCCGGUGGCGCGACCUCAUUGUCACACCUGAUGGCGCGUUGCCUACCGACGCGGACAUCAUGUAUCAUGAAGGCGACUUCCAGUGGCACCGAUCAACCCUCGAAAUCGUACGCCGUAACAUUUUCUGCAAACUGAACCCACUCAGAAUCUGUGCACCGGACAUUGUCAAGCAAUUUGGCCGCAUCGCCAAGCACCUCCGCUUCACAUACGUCGAUACACUGGUAGAGACAAACAAGCGUGUACGACUCUCUCGUAGUCUGGCUAGUGGUUACCUCAAUGGUAUCGGCGGCCGAGAGACUGCUCUCACCGGCAAGAAAGGUGAAGAGGCCUUCCUGAUGGACGCGUACUUUCCAUUCGACCCAUACGUGCUUCCGCGGAGUAAGCGCUGGGUCGAGCACGACUACGUGCAAUGGCGACCUGUACCUGGCAUGCCAGUAGAAAAGGAUGACGAUGACGAGGAUGAAGACGAUGAAGACGAAGAUGAGGAUGAGGACGAGGAUGAUGCUGAUGACGACGAUGACAGCACUUCGGAUCAGGACGACGACGUUGAUGUCGCAAAUCCCGAUGAUCUUGACGACGGUAGCACUGAGGCUAGUCUAUGA